AUGACUCUAAUAGGACCAGCGUGGGAGCCACUGACUCGUCUGGCGAUGGCAAUGACUGGUAUCAACUUUUUUACGCACAUCAUUGGUUGUUUACUGAUGACACUGAACAGAUUCACUGCUGUUUGCUUUCCAUAUCAACAACAACAAAUCUGGAAAACACGCAACGUGUGCAUUUUGCUCGUAAUUGAUAUCGUAUUCUCGAUUUUGGUUCAUAUCGAGAUUUUGAUCGUAUCUUACAUCUACAACCCAAAUCCUGACGGAACAUGGACUCUCGUUGGACGUAGCCGCCCUACCCCUGUACUGAUCACAUGGUUUACUGUAAGGAUUAAAAAUUGGUGA